AUGCUCGCGACGGUUGGAUACAUCACGCCCGACAUCACCAGCAUGCUGCCCGGCCACUCGUCGCCUUCUGCUGCCCUGGAGGUUCCCGCGGCGUGCUGGGCGCAGAUCGUGGCCUACGGCGCGCACCGCGAGUUGUUCCAGGACCAGACCGCUGGCACCCUUGCCGCGGGGAGCGACUUCGGGUCCAAGGUGCUGACGUCCAGCGACGUCGGGGACAAGCGGAAGACGUGGGCGGCUGACAUCGCCAACUGCUUGAGCUACGCGCCGCCAACGCUCCGCCAGAUGGGACAUGGGCUGUGGAGAUUGGUGUGA